UUGUUGUUUUUAUCUUUUUAAGGAAUAUGUCAAGAUUUCUUAAAAUCUAUACAUAUUAUUUGCAAAGAAUUUCACGUAAGGAACUUCACCUGUUUAUGUUCACUGUUGACAAUAUAAUAUGCAGCACAAUAUGCAUAUGCAUGUUUACUAGGAAGUAAACACAGGUGAGUGUGCACAGGAUAGCAGCCUGUCAGUGCAAUCCUAUGUCAGAAGUAAAUUCUACUGAUUCUGGAGGCUUCUUUUCAACUGAGUGGAGGAUUUCAGCCUUAAUUACUAUGUGUAUAGUUUUGAAGGUGUUAGCAGUUAUUUGAUUAAGAGUUUGGCUUAGAGCUAUGAACUUUAUAUUGAUGUGCUGCUGUUUGUUUUGCUAUAAUUUGUUACACUUGCUGCUAUAUUAUAUUUCAUGACAUUACGUGUUGCUUUUUAUAUUUUGCAUUCUUGAUUUAUUUAUCUAUAUUAUUUGAAUUCUGUCUCACCCCACUAGCCACACAGUUCCCUGUGACGAUUUGUAGAUGUUCUGUUUUGAUUUUUAAAAACUGAUAGCAGCUUUUAUGCUUUUCUAAAAAGAAAACCUAGAUAUAAAUGUUAGAUCAAUCACUAAAUCAAUUAGCUGUGAUAUAAAAUGCAGUACCACGAUAUCAAUAACAAUUUAAAGAGAAAAAUGAACUCUGCAAACAUGUACAAAUCAAUGUUAUGAAUUUCAGCUUUCAAGGAUGGGUCCCAGAAAGACCUUCUGAAUUUUAGUGGCACUGUUCCAGUGAAAUAUCAGGCCCACUGCAAACAUGGGAAUUUCUGUAGGGAAACACAUAGAUGCCCGUGGAAGGAUCUACUUGCCAUAUCUACAGAACUGGAGUCAUCCACAGUCAAUGAUCAUCGGUUUGUUAAAGGAAAUGAUCACAAAAUUUGAAGAGGAGCUCCCUCUAUACUCGCUUUCAUCUUCUGAUGCAGCAAGACAAUCGGAACUACUUUCAUAUAUUGCAAAAAUCACUGAAGGUGAAAACAACAUACAGUCCAAGGGAGAUGGGAAGAAAAGCAAUGGAGGAUUUAAUAAAGUUACAGUGAUUGGAGCAGGGGAUCUGGGCCUUGCUUGUGUGCUGGCUAUCUCAGCAAAGAGUGUUGCUGACAAGGUGGUUGUCUUGGACUGCUCAGAAGGUUCAGUGAAAGGAGGAACAAUGGACCUGGAAAUCUUUGCUUUGCCAAAGGUGGAAGUCAGCAGAGAUUUUUCUGCCUCGGCAGACUCAAAAGUAGUGGUGCUUACAGUUAAUUCUUUAGGCAAUGCUGAGUCCUAUCUGGAUGUUGUACAGAACAAUGUGGAACUCUUCAGAGGCAUUAUUCCAUCAGUAGCACAGUACAGUCCGCACAGUGUGCUACUUGUGGCGUCUCAACCAGUGGAAGUAAUGACCUAUGUGUCCUGGAAGAUGAGUGGAUUUCCUAAAAACAGAGUUAUUGGUAUUGGUUGUAAUUUGGACUCAGUGAGGUUCCAAUAUAUUAUUACAAACCAGUUGAAAACUCAAACAAGCGGCAAAAAUAAUUGGAUUAUUGGUGAACAAGGGGAAAACAAAGUAACAGCGUGGAGUGCUUCUAAUUCAGUGACAAGUCCUCAGGGUGAAGAUUUAGCAAACCGUAAUGCCCAGCAGGAACUGGUUAACAGAGCCAUGGAAAUCCUGAAAGCAAAAGGCCAAAGAUCUUGGUCUGUUGGUCUGUCAGUAGCUGAUCUCACUGAUAGCAUAUUGAAUGAUAAAAGAAAAGUGCAUUCCAUAUCAACUAUGGUGAAGGGGUGUUAUAAUAUAAACUGUGAGGUAUUUUUAAGUAUGCCGUGUGUACUUGGAAUCAAUGGAGUGACUGAAAUGAUCAAAACAUUAGAUGAGGAUAGCAUGGCAAGGAAACUACAGUCCAGUGCUACAUCUAUUCAUGACCUCCAACAGCAAUUAAAACUUUGAACAUCAUGGAUUUAUAGUUUUAGCCCUCUACAAAUACUGUAUCAAAAUGUGCAAUGUGUUGAUCAAGUAUGAAAUCCUGUAGCAUGAAGCUUGGCUUCACACUUCUUAUAUCCCAUUGUGUGAUUUUGCUGGCUUUUAUACUCCAGCACCGUGAUUUUACCUGUACAGGAACUUAUAGCAAUAAUGUACAAUAUUUCCUUCUUACCAUGCUGUACUGAGUAAACAGCAGCACAGCAAGCUUUUCAUCACCACCAAAAUGAGUUGUGGCUAGAAGUUUUAUUUCAACAAGGGUUGAUAUACUUUUGCAGGAGAAUUAUUUUAGCAAAUUGACUGUGUAUAAAUAGUACUUAAUUCUAAAGCUUAGACAUAGAAAGGACUGACAGCAAAGAACAAGAUACUGUCUAAACUUAAUGUCUGUAUUUACUGUUUUUUAAAUGUUCACUCCAUCGGAACAUUAGGGGAACAGGGAAAUAUUAUUAUAAAUCACUUAAAGGUGGAGUUGGGGAGCAUUGCAGAUACACUUUAUUUAUCCUUUACUGUGUCUGAAAAUAUUUUUCAGUGCAUUUUGUAUGAAUUAUCCAAAGAUUUAAAUAAAUGUCUUGGAAAGAAGAAAACACAAAAUAAAAACCUGAAAGUACUAGUUUGAAGGUUGCUAUAUAAAAUGUAACUAGUUAGGAUGGUUGUUUUCUUAAAGGAACAUUGGCUAAAUCCAAAGAGCACGGUGUUUUGUGUUUGCACUGGGGAAUUUUGCUUCCUCCUUCCUGCUCCAGUUCCUUGUGCCCUUUGAAAAGCUACCCUGAAACCCAGGCAAUUAUCUAGAGCCGCUUGUGUCUCAUACAACUGGGGAAAUAGGAAAUGUUGACCUCCACAUACAUACAUACAAACAAACAAACAAACAAGCUUUUAGUUCACAUACAGGUUGUGGGAUCUUGGUCAAUAUUUGUUUUUGUUUUAAUUUGAUUAAGUAAAUAAUACAAAAAUAAAUCAAUGACAAUGGUUAAAAAAGAAAAAAGUUACAAUAUGAAUAAAUUGUCAUAUAAAUCAAAGCAAUUAAUAACCAAAUUAUAUUAUACUUAACACAAAAACUACACUCCCAUGCCUUUGAUUAUACUUCCCCUUUCUCAGGACGUUGGUCAAUAUUUGAGAGUGGAUAAUAUGGGUACUUUAUACAAGAGGACAUUUUGGAAUGCAACAAAACAUACAUUUAAGUUGCAGUCCUAUUGAUUGUGCCUUAAAUGCUCAGGAGCGCCCUAAGUCAGAGGCUUAUAGGCAGUCAGUAUGGUGCAGGAAAAGCAACAGAAGCUUUCUGCACUUCCCCACAUGUCCUGUUCUACAUUUUCCAGCUCUCCCCCUUGGUGUGGGAGGGAAAGACACUGUAGUGCCAUCAGACUAUAUCAAUUCCUAAUGACCCUAGUCUCAUCACCCUCCCAUUCCCCUGGAAUGUCCCCAUUGCCCCCUCCAAAGGCAGUUUCCUGACCUUAGAAAGGCAGCCAGCAGAUCUUCCUUUGCCAGCAAAGUCAGAGCAUGAAUUCCCAGCUCUGACCUUGGAGCUCUGAAUCUGAUCUUGGAAUCCAAAUUAUCCUAUGGGUCCUUGGAAUAACUGGCCAUCUGUCCUUUAGUGAUCUUUCUCAUGACAGAAUCAUGUCAAGAAAUUAUUUCCUUGGAUACAGUUAUCUAAAAUCAAUAUAAUUAAAGAACUUAAAUGGUGAUUCAAUAGCCAGAGUAAAGAAGAUACGGAAUAAUUUUAAUUGCUAUAUAAUUGGGUAAUCUGCUUUUAUUUACUUUUUGUAAAGUAAUUACUAGAUCAAGUCACUGGGAUAGGAUGGAAGAACAGGUGAAUGCACAGCUCACUCUUACGCACUGAUAAAUUUUAGCAUGUUUGGUUCAUUAAUUGUAACAUUGUAGCAAGUGUUAAUACUACUAAAUAUUUACCAAUCACAAUAUGGUAGAACAUGUAUCAGGUAUGACUGUAUGAAAAUUCACUUUUUUGCUUUGACUUUUAUAUAUGUUAUUAAAUAUUAAUAAAGAUAGAAAGACCGAGCAGCUAACAGUAUCUGAA